UAAAAAGUGAGUUUUAUAGAUUUUUGAGCGAUUGAAUAUAUAAGGACAUAUGAAUCUUGGACAUAGAAGUAUACAGCUUCAUGUGGCUGACCGCUGAUCAGAGCCGCCACCACUUCUCUUGGAAACAAUUGCAGCCGCCGCCACUUCAAUCAAUUGCUCGCGUCGCGUCCCCCAUGGCGCCACCACCGCCAUCGGUCACGGUCAUCGACGAAGCCCGCGUCGCCGUGCCACGGCCGACGCUCGCCGCCGCGCCGGCACCGCUCAAGCUGUCCCCGCUCGACGCGCAGUGGGUCGCGCUCCCGCUCAUCCAGCGGGUGCUCCUGUUCGACGACGUCCCGGCGCCGUUCGAGUCCGCCGUCGCGUCCCUCCGCGCGUCCCUGGCCGCGACGGUCGCGCGGCUCCUCCCGCCGCUCGCCGGGAGGCUCGUCCACCUGCCGGACACGGGGGAGGUGGCGGUCGACUGCUCCGGCUCCCAGUCCCAGGGCGGCGUCAGGUUCGCCGUCGCGGAGUGCGACGGCGCCGACGCGGCCCGCCUUGCGGGGGAGGCGGACCACGACGUCGGGUUCCUGGAACGGCUCGUGCCGGUGCUCCACGCCGACGCGCUCCCCGCGGAGACGAUGGCCGUGCAGGUCACCCGGCUGGGGGGCGGCGGCGGCGGCGGCGGCGUGGCGGUCGGCGUGGCGCUGCACCACGCUGUGGUGGACGGCCGCUCGGUCUGGAGGUUCCUGGAGGCCUGGGCGACGGCGUGCCGCGGCGAAGACCCGUGGAGCGCCGCGCCGGCUCCGACGUUCGACCGCGGCGCCGUCGCGUUCCCCGGCGGCGAGGAGCUCACGAGGGACGUCCUCCGGAAGCACGCUCCAAACCUGCCAGUGGCGACGAUGCCGCAGUUCCUCGUCGAGGGCCGCGUGAAUCUCUCCCGCCGGACGUUCACCAUCGCCGGAGCGCAAAUGCACCGUCUGAAGCAACGCGUCGCCGGUGGCCUCACGGCCUCGCCGGCGCCGCCAUCAAGCUUCGUGGCACUCGCGGCGCUCUCCUGGGUCUCGUUCGUCCGGAGCAAGAACUCCGCAGGCGCCAUCGCCGACGACGACGAGGAGGUCUACCUCUUCUUCUUCAUCGACUGCCGCGGCCGGCGCGCCGCGUUCGACCCGCCGGUGGGGGAGGGCUUCUUCGGGACGUGCAUCUCCGGCUGCCUCGCCGUGGCCACCGCGCGGGACCUGCUCUCCGGCGACGGCGGGCUGGCCAGCGCCGCGGCGGCCGUGCAGGCGGAAGUCCGGCGCGCGGCGGAGGACCCGCUCGCCGGCUGGGAGUGGAUGUCGCUGGUGGGGCGGAUCCGGCUGACCCGGGUGGUGAACAUGGCCGGGUCGACGAGGUUCCCCGCGUACGAGGCCGCUGACUUCGGGUGGGGCCCGCCGAGCCGGACGGAGCUGGUGACGAUGAACCACGACGGGCAGGUGGUGCUCGUCGCCGCCAAGGGCGGCGCCGGCGGCGUGCAGGCAUCGGUGUCGCUGCACCCGGCGCACAUGGACGCGUUCAAGUCGCAUUUCGAGGGCUACUUAGAUUAGGAUGCAAAUCGAUCCAGUUCGAAACGGAGUGAUCAUGUUUCUGGUAUUUGCAUCGAAAUUUUGUGGUGUUUUUUGAAUGAGAUUUGCUUCGGUAGCUCGAGGUAUCAAAUCAUUUCUGAUCGUUGCAUCUAACAAUGCACAUGCUAUUCAGCUAGAUCCAAUGGUACAAAACGACUUAGUAGCUCGAGAUAUUUUUUGAGAUAUUUUUGGUUAGA